GCUUGUCCGCCGCGGCUUGCCGUAGUGGCCCUGCCCCAGCGCUUGGUGGGGCCAAAUAUGGCGUCCUCCGAGCCACCGCCGACCGUGAGUUCAUGCGCUGCGGAGGGCGAGGAGGAGACGAUACUCUAUGACUUGUUGGUCAACACCGAGUGGCCCCCGGAGACGGAAGUACAGCCUAGAGGCAACCGGAAACAUGGUGCAUCCUUUAUCAUCACAAAAGCAAUUAGGGAUCGUUUAUUAUUUUUAAGCCAAUAUAUCUGGUACAGCCCUGCACCUUUCUUGCUCCCUGAUGGACUGGUUCGCUUGGUUAAUAAACAGAUAAACUGGCAUUUGGUACUUGCAAGCAAUGGGAAGCUCUUGGCCGCAGUUCAAGACCAGUGUGUGGAGAUCAGGUCUGCAAAAGAUGAUUUUACAUCUAUUAUUGGGAAAUGUCAAGUUCCAAAAGACCCAAAACCGCAGUGGAGGCGUGUGGCGUGGAGUUACGACUGCACUCUGCUGGCCUAUGCUGAAAGCAUGGGGACUGUGAGGGUGUUUGAUCUCAUGGGAAGUGAGCUCUUCGUUAUUGCUCCGGCAUCUAGUUUAGCAGGUGAUCUGAGCUAUGCCAUUGCUGGGCUGAUAUUUUUAGAAUAUAAAGCAAGUGCACAGUGGUCUGCAGAACUCUUGGUCAUCAAUUACCGAGGAGAACUUAGAAGCUACCUUGUAAGUGUUGGAACACAUCAGAGCUAUCAGGAGAGCCACUGUUUCAGCUUCAGCAGUCAUUAUCCUCAUGGAAUCAACACAGCUAUUUACCAUCCCGGGCACAGACUUUUGCUGGUUGGUGGAUGUGAAACUGCUGAAGUGGGCAUAUCAAAAGCUGCUAGCUGUGGACUGUCUGCCUGGAGAGUUCUUUCAGGAUCACCCUAUUAUAAGCCCGUUACUCAUGGUGGCGACAGGGUCACUGCAGUACCAAAGACACUGGGAUUAUUAAGGAUGUUAAGUGGCAAGUUUUACAGUCGCCAGGGACAAGAACAGGAUGGGAUCUUCAAGAUGAGCCUCUCUCCAGAUGGGACCCUCCUUGCAGCCAUUCACUUCUCAGGAAAGCUAAGCAUCUGGGCCAUCCCGUCUCUGAAGCAGCAAGGGGAGUGGAUUCAACACGAGCAGCCUGGCUACGAUGACCUUAAUCCUGAUUGGAGACUCUCUACUGAGAAGAGAAAAAAAAUCAAAGAUAAGGAGUCUUUUUACCCGCUGAUAGAUGUGAAUUGGUGGGUGGACAGCGCAGUGAUUUUGGCUCGCUGCUCUGGUGCUUUGACUGUUUCAUCAGUGAAAACUUUGAAGAAUUUACUGGGAAAGUCAUGUGAAUGGUUUGAACCGUCGCCUCAAGUCACUGCUACCCAUGAUGGGGGAUUUUUAAGUUUGGAGUGUGAGAUUAAACUUGCCCCCAAACGAUCCCGUUUGGAGACGAGGGCAGGAGAAGAUGACGAAGGAGAAGAGGAUUCGGAUUCUGACCAGGAAAUCUCUGCCAAGACUCGCUACUUUGGCUAUAUCAAACAGGGCCUGUACUUAGUGACGGAGAUGGAGCGGUUCGCACCGCCCCGGAAACGCCCGCGAACCAUUACUAAAAACUACCGCCUGGUGAGCCUGCGGUCCACGACCCCCGAGGAGCUCUACCAGAGGAAGAUCGAAAGUGAAGAGUAUGAGGAAGCCUUGUCCCUGGCUCAGACCUACGGCCUGGACACUGACCUGGUGUACCAGAGGCAGUGGAGGAAGUCAGCGGUCAACAUUGCUUCAAUUCAGAAUUACUUGAGUAAAAUAAAGAAACGAUCCUGGGUUCUUCAUGAGUGUUUGGAAAGAGUUCCUGAAAAUGUAGAUGCCGCCAAGGAACUGCUUCAAUAUGGAUUAAAAGGCACAGACCUGGAGGCUCUUUUAGCCAUAGGGAAAGGAGCAGAUGAUGGCAGAUUUAUACUCCCUGGUGAGAUGGACAUUGACAAUAUUUCCUAUGAGGAGCUUUCCCCACCUGAAGAAGACCCUGCCGAGAAGAAACAGGAGAAGGAGCUCAAAAAGAGACGAGAACUACUUAAAUUAGUGAACUUUUCAAAGUUAACGCUGGAACAAAAGGAACUUUGCCGUUGUAGACUGAAAUUAUUAACCUACUUAGAUCGGCUUGCAACAUACGAGGAAAUCCUCGGAGUACCUCAUGCAUCUGGACAGAGAUACGAUGCUGAAUUCUUUAAGAAGUUCAGAAGUCAGAAUAUUGUUCUCUCAGCAAGAACUUAUGCUCGGGAGAGUAAUGUGCAGGCCCUGGAAAUUCUGUUCACUUACCAUGGGUCUGACCUGCUCCCUCACCGCCUGGCGAUUCUCUCCAACUUCCCAGAGACCACAUCGCCACACCAAUAUUCUGCUUUGCUGCCUGAAGCUUGUUAUGACGGUGAUUCCUUGAUGAUCGUUCCUUGGCACGAACAUAAGCACCGAGAUGAAGACUGGUGUGAGAAGCUGGAGUGCAGAACGGUGGUUGAGCCAAGUCUUCCGGAUGAAAGUGAGUUCCUGUAUGCCGCACAGCCCGCGCUGCUGAGGUACCGAAGCGCCCGGCUGGCGGUGGCGGAGGUGAUGGACUGGUAUCGGAACAGAGCGGAGGAGAUAGAACAUUACGCCCGGCAGGUUGACUGUGCGUUGUCGCUUAUUCGACUUGGAAUGGAGCGGAAUAUUCCUGGCUUGCUGGUUCUCUGUGAUAAUUUGGUUACUCUAGAAGCAUUGGUUUAUGAAGCUGGGUGUGAUUUAACCCUAACCUUGAAAGAACUGCAGCAGAUGAAAGACAUUGAGAAACUAAGAUUAUUGAUGAAUAGUUGUUCUGAGGACAAGUAUGUGACAAGCGCCUACCAGUGGAUGGUUCCCUUUCUUCAUCGCUGUGAGAAGCAGUCUCCUGGAGUGGCUAAUGAGCUGCUAAAGGAAUAUUUAGUAACUCUAGCAAAAGGGGACUUAAAGUUACCCCUGAAGAUAUUUCAGCAUUCCAAGCCUGAUUUGCAGCAAAAAAUCAUUCCUGAUCAGGACCAACUAAUGGCAAUAGCACUAGAAUGCAUCUAUAGCUGUGAACGAAAUGACCAGCUUGCUCUUUGCUAUGACAUAUUAGAAUGUCUACCACAAAGAGGAUAUGGUCAGAAAACAGAGGUCACGACAGUCCUUCAUGACAUGGUAGACCAACUGGAGCACAUUCUCAGUGUGUCAGAGAUUUUGGAGAAACAUGGACUUGAGAAACCAAUUUCCUAUGUUAAAAAUACUCAGUCUAGCUCAGAAGAGGCACGCAAGCUGAUGGUUAGAUUGACUAGGCACACCGGUCGAAAGCAACCUCCUGUCAGUGAGUCUCACUGGAGAGUGUUGCUGCAGGACAUGUUAACUAUGCAGCAGAAUGUUUACACGUGUCUAGAUUCUGACGCUUGCUAUGAGAUAUUUACAGAAAGUCUUCUGUGUUCCAGUCGCCUUGAGAACAUCCACCUGGCUGGGCAGAUGAUGCACUGCAGUGCUUGCUCAAUAAAUCCACCAACUAGUAUAGCCCAUAAAGGAAAAACCCAAUACAGGGUCAGUUACGAAAAAAGUAUUGACUUGGUUCUGGCAGCCAGCAGAGAGUACUUCAAUUCUUCUACCAGCCUCACUGACACCUGCAUGGAUCUGGCCAGGUGCUGUUUACAGCUGAUAACAGAUCGACCCGCUGCCAUUCAAGAGGAGCUCGAUCUUAUCCAGGCCCUGGGGUGCCUUGAAGAAUUUGGGGUGAAGAUCUUGCCUUUGCAAGUGCGAUUGUGCUCUGAUCGGAUCGGCCUCAUCAAGGAGUGUAUUUGCCAGUCCCCCACGUGCUACAAGCAGUCCACCAAACUGCUGGGCCUUGCCGAGCUGCUGAGGGUAGCAGGUGAAGACCCGGAAGAAAGGCGUGGACAGGUUCUCGUCCUUCUAGUGGAGCAGGCAUUGCGUUUCCAUGACUACAAAGCUGCCAAUGUGCAUUGUCAGGAGCUGAUGGCCACAGGUUACUCUAAAAGCUGGGCUGUCUGCAGCCAGUUGGGGCAGUCGGAAGGUUACCAGGACCUGGCCACUCGGCAGGAGCUCGUGGCUUUCGCUCUGACACACUGCCCUCCCAGCAGCAUCGAGCCGCUCCUGGCUGCCAGCAGCUCUCUGCAGACAGAAAUUCUUUAUCAAAGAGUGAAUUUUCAAAUCCAUCCAGAAGGAGGGGAGAGUAUCAAUAUGUCACCAUUGAUGAGUAAAGCACUGCAAGAGGUGAGUCUCGGUGAGAGGGAGGAGGAGUUUGAAAGGUGCUUGUGA